CUGUCAGCCGAGUAGGCAGCCACCGCGCUCUAAAAUGCCUUCCACCCAAACACAAUGUCUCUCUUUGCUGUCAAUUUACUCUCUUGCAAACCAUCCUCAGCAUCCAGUUGUCAAGAGAGAAGCAAAUCCAGUUGUCAAGAGAUAGAAUCUCUCUUCAAAAGUCUUCUUCAAAUUGAAGGCGAUCAAAAUUCGCCUCACGAUUUCCCCGUAAAUUCUUCCCUUCCCCUGAUUUUCCUAUCCCUCUUCUUGCUUCCCCAUUCCCGCCAUUUCUCUUUCCCACAACCAAACCUCACACUUUCCCCUUCCUCUCCUCCAUUUCGAUUUUCCUCUCAAUCCAACUGAGGGGAAUUUAGAACCGGGGAAGAGCGCGAUUGUGUUUCCGCGCUCUAUUUGUUCAUUCUUUUUUCAAUUGUUUUAUUUCUACCUUCUUCUUCUUCUUGUUUUUUUUUUUCUUUUUCCCUUUUGUAUAGUCUUUGAAACCUCGCGGUGGAUUGAAUGGGUUGUUGAUAGAUCGGAGAUAAUAACCCAUUCUCUUUCUCUUCAUACCUGCAACUGCGCUGUUGCUUUUGAUUGGUUUCUGAAGAUGGACGAGUUUGGUGUUCUGACCGAGCGGUUUGGGUUGAAACCCCAGGGAAAAUCUGCUCCAAUGGCCGCAUCAAAACGACCCAAUAGUGCAACAGCUGCCCCAACACGAAAUUUCUCUUCCGGUUCGCCUGUUAAUUCCCAACCAUCGCCCCCUUAUACCUCUACUGCUGCGCACGGCUCCAAUUCAUUUAAUGGGUUUACUGUCGGUGGUACCGGGGAUCUGUUUGCCAAUCAUAAAGCUCAGAGCUUUGGAGGUUCGACCGACGGGUUCGAGGUUUUUGGUGGAUUCGACAAGGGAUCGAAGCAGAGUAAUGGGGGCUCUUCUUCUUUUGAUUACAAUUCGAUAUUUUCUGGGCCCAAUCAUUCUAACGCUGGAUCGUCACUUGAAAAUGAUGAUAUAUUUGGUGGUGGGUUGAAGAGCUCCAAUGCUUCCACUAAUGAUGACUUGUUUGGGUCGUAUGCUUCCAAGCCAAAGCAGACUGUCCCUAUCGAUGACUUGUUGGGAAAUUUUGGUUCGAAGUCUGGUCCUUCCUUGAAUAGGAAAGGAUCAUCCGAGUUUGAUGUCUUGGUACCUGGGUUUAAUUCGAGCAGGACAUCAGAAAAAGGAACUACUAAAUCAAGCUUCAACUCAGCAGAUGAUCCCUUUAUAGUCUUGGAAUCAACUUCUUCAACCACUACAAAUUCCUCAUUUCUGGAUCCACUUGAGGAGUUCAGUAAGUUUGCAAGUUCUGGAGGUGGCAAUACAAAACCUACUGGCUCUUCAAAUGUUCCCACAUCAUUGCGGCCCCCACCAAAACCUGGGCAAGUUCUGAAGUCAGUGAAAGUUAAAAGUUCACAUCCAUCUUCAAUUGAUGAACUUGAGGACUUUGCCACCAGUAGAGUGCGUGCUACACCUAACAGGAAAUCAGAUGUCAAUCAGUCCAAGGAAGGCAGAGCGAGAGAAAACGCUAAAACGAGCAAAUUUAAAGAAGCAGAAAAUAAAAUGCCCCAGAAGAGUGCGGAUGACCUAGAAUCCUUUUUUGGAACGAGUUCUAGAUCCAGCAGUGCACCAAAGUCACGGACUGCAACUUUGGAUCCUCUAUUUGAUGCAACCCUGAACAACAGAGGUAAACCUCAAGUUCCGAAUGGAAAGGCUUCUGGCGUUUCUUCAUCUGGAAUGAAGAAGGUUUCUUCCGCAACUAAUAUGUUCGACGACUUUUCCUCCCUUUUUGGAGACACCUCUUUCUCUGGAGAGUUUGAAGAAGUUCAAGGAGAAACUGAAGAAAGACGAAAAGCAAGGUUUGAACGUCACCAGAGGACACAAGACCGAGUGGCAAAGGCAGUUGCUGACAUGAACCAACGUGACUACCAUACUCAACGUGAACAAGAAGAGAGGAAGAUGAUUGCUGAGAAAAUGGAUCUUGAUAUAAAGAGGUGGGCUGCUGGGAAGGAAGGCAAUAUGCGGGCCCUUUUGUCAUCUUUGCAAUAUGUGCUCUGGAAUGAAUGUGGUUGGCAGCCUGUCUCUCUGACUGAUCUGAUUACAUCGUCCUCAGUCAAAAAAGUGUAUAGGAAAGCGACUUUGUGUGUGCAUCCUGAUAAGGUUCAACAGAAAGGUGCAACUCUUGAACAGAAAUACAUCGCUGAGAAGGUCUUUGAUAUCCUCAAGGAAGCAUGGAACAAGUUCAACAAGGAGGAACUUUCUUAAUAGUCAGAAAUCAACUCGUUAAUGAGUUCAACCCUCUACCGAGCUCCAAUUUCGAAGUGAAGAAACUGCAUGAUUCCAUAGGAUAAUGCACAGUUGGCCUCUGUAGCCGAGGUGGAGGCGAAGAAGCCUAGAAGCGCAUAGAGAGGAGCCCGGUUUCAUGUUAUGGAAGUUAAUGAUGAUGGUCUACUUACGAAAGCAUCUGAGUUCGGAAUGAUAUCAUUUCACGACAUGUUACAUGCCACGUGCGCUGAUGCUUUGCACACUUUUCAGUCAGGAACCUUGUACGAGGGUUCAAACUUCAAACCAUUUGAGGUUGUCUUCUGCCGAAUUGACCCAUUUGUUGAAUGGGGUUCUACGGUUGUUGACUGUGGGUAACAGGGUUCCUGGCAUUUGAUGUAAGAGUUAUACUUCAAUGUUCCUUUCUUCUUUGAUGAGUUCCUUGCUGAUGAAGUUGAAUACUUUUUGGCGUGUCGAUAAGAAUGCAAUAGACGAUGAUGAUUAAAAUGAGUGAUGGUGUCGGAAGAAACUUCAUUAAUUUUGUUUUCUGUUGAAAGUGGCCGGUUAACUUGUUACUAUCUACUUAAUUAAGAGCAUAGCUUAACCCGAACCAUGGAAAUGGGUGCGCCACUGAAAAAUAAGUCUACGAGCAAGUUUCUUAUUUGUUUUCAUAUCUGCAAGAGACUUGGUUUAUUAUUUCCUUUCUUUUCACUUCUCGAUG